AUGCUUCUCGAUUGGGCGAGCCACGGCUACCAAAGCGAGCUGGAUUUGUUUAUCACGCGUUCGAUUCUCUGGCUUAUCGCUAAACAGAACCUCCGCGAUGCGAACGAUCUCUUUUCAAACGUCCAAUCGCAACUCGAAGCCAAGGGCGCGAUCAUGUCUUCCCCUUUGUUCCACUUCGAUUCGUUCAUUCUGCAGACGGUUACGCGUGACGCCGCGCCGCUCUUCAAUCUUCUGAAGGAGAAAUACACGCCUGAACUGGAAAGAGAUCCCGCGCUGCUGCAAACGAUGGAGAAGAUCGGAGAGGUGUAUUUUGGCAUCAAGCCGAAGGGGAGCUUGUUUUCGGAUAUGUUGAAAAUGUUUUCCGGAAUGUAG